CAUGGAAACUCAACCUUCCGGCUGGUUGGAGCAUAUCAGGUUAAGAAUCUGAUGCUGUGGCGUGGGUAUCAACGCUAUGUGCAAAACAUCAGAGACAAGCACAAGAAGUACAAGAUCACACCCGUGGGCAUUUGCCCAGAUGCUACAGCCCUGAAUGAGCUAGCAGAGUCUAUGCAAGUUGAUUUUGCCUUCAAUGAACGUUUGCUGUUCCAUGGCACACGGGACUUGGAUUCUGUAACCGCCAUUGCGCAGGAAGGUUUUGACAGUCGAAUUGCACGAGAAGGGCUGUUUGGCAGAGGAGCAUAUUUUGCAAUACAAACCUGCAAGAGUGCUCAAUAUGCUACUGAAGAAGCUAUGAAAAAACAAGGCAUCAAUGCAGAUGCCUGGCACUUUGCUUCUGGCCCGCGUUGCGAUAGGUGAUCCCUACUAUACACCAGGUCCCUAUCAAGGUUCGCGUCCACCUAUAAGAACUGGACAAGAAAUCCGGCACGAUUCCAUCAUUGCACAGCCGGGGAUUCCAAAUGGCCAGCCUGGCGGGGUGCAGGUGGCAGUUGAUCUGAUCCUCCGGGUGACCUGCUCAACCACGAUCGGAGCAACCCUCAAGGCUUGAAGCGGAGCCAAGCUCCGCUUGAGGCCAGGUCUCGAGACUUGAACCAGCAGACCUGUUCAGAAACCAUAGGAAACCACCUUUGAAGCCAACGUAGUGACUUAAGUGUCCUUAGCUCCUUUCAGCUCAUUUCAUCUCAGUUGCGAGCUGGUUUGAUGUUCUCAGAGUUUAGUGAGUCGGCGGGACAAUGGGAUUUGGUCAUAGUCAUAGAUGAUCCCAUUUAUGCUUGGUGAGUGGGUUUCCUCGACUUCCACAGCCAAAGCCAAAGACGUGUUUGUGAAAAGUUUGAUAGCAAGCAGUUCGAGAUUCCAGUCCUGAUUCUUCAGGGUGCGGUCUCUGCAAUUAGUGGAGGGACAUCAGUGGACGUACAUAUGCGGCACAGAUACUUUGCACAGAUCCGGCCAUGAUGUCAACUUUAGAAGGUGUGCUAAAUCGGUCUAAGCCACGUCAUGAUGGGACGGAUUGUGAUUGCCUUCACGGAAGAUCGACCUUUCGGCUGGUCGAGGCUUACCAGGUCAAGAAUCGGAAAUUAUGGCGCCGGUAUCAGCGCCAUGUGCGAAGCAUUGUUGACAAACAUAAGCAGCACGGAAUCAAACCCAGGGUCAUUGAUCCACCAGUUGGCGAGGCCUUGACUCGGUUUGCCACAGACAUUCAGGUCGACCUUGUUGGCAAUGAGCUUUUGUUGUUCCAUGGCACGAGAGAAUUUGACCUCGCAAAAACGAUUGCCAAAGAAGGUUUCGACAAUCGAAUUGCCAGGUCAGGCGGGCUCUAUGGGUCGGGCACAUACUUUGCUGCGCAAACAUGCAAAAGUGCCCAGUAUGCCACUAACAAAGGCAUGCAAGAGAAAGCAUCGACCCAAUUGAUGGGGACUAUGCUUGUUGCUCGUGUUGCUAUCGGAGACCCACACUAUGCAUCAGGGCCGUGUAAAAACUUGACGCGCCCACCUACGAAGAAUGUUAGCGCAUCCGCAUCCAACAGUGCCCACGAAAUUCGGUACGAUUCCAUCAUCGCAAAGCCCGGCAUUCCCAAUGGCCAAAGCAACGGAGUACAGGCUCAUAUGGAGUUUGUGACAUUUGCACCGGAGCAAGCUUAUCCGGAGUAUAUUCUUAGAUUUACCGAGGAGUAGGUGGUCGCUGGCAGAAAGUCCACG